AUGUCUGCAAUGGGCUUCCAAGGUCCCCCCAGCGUUUCCUUUGACGCCUCCCCAGACCUGGUCAGAGUUCCUACACAACGUAUGGUAACCUGGAAGGAAGACCGCAUGCCAAAGCGCUCCGACCUACCCCCUGGCCAUCUCAUCAAGGAGCUCAUCCUGAAGCUCUGCCCAGGAGACAACCUCGAACAGCUCGAGACAGUCUACAGAAGUGAGGUUGCAAGAGCAGAGAUGGAGGAGUGCUACCAGAUCAGACUCAAGAUCGCAGAGAUCGAGCUGCAACAGUGGAAGCAUUUUGCAGAGCACACCAAGAUCGACCACCACACCGCCAAAGGCCGUGGCGAUUACGUUGCUGUUGGUUUGUGCGAAGCUGGUCUUGACAAGGCUCAGGGUAAGAUCGCACACCGGACCCAUGUUGUUGAGAGAGAGAAGAAGGAGACCCAGGGGUGUGAGGCCAGACUUCGUACCAUGGAUCGCCAGGCUACGAAUGCCAUCGCCUCGCUCUUCAACAGGCACGGUGAAAAUACUCGCUAUUGCAUACUCGCAUACAUCCUCGCCAGAAAGGAGAGCUCGUCUUUCCUUGGUCGAAGUCACGUAAAGAGGAAUGGGGCAAGCAUGUUGACCUCAGUUGACGACUCUGCUCUUUACAAACGUACUGUGCCUUUCCACAGUCACUACAAGUUGUCGUCUAGGGAGGAUGCUGAAGUAGUCAGACUCGACUGA